UGGAAGUUAUAGAGCGGGGCUGGGAUUGAGUUACACACAUGGGGAGGGAGGGGGGAAUAAAAGUUGAUGCUGCUGUCUGAUGGUAUACAGAGAGAGAGAGAGAGAGAGACAGACAGACAGACAGAGUGCAGUGGGGAUCUGCACCAGAGGCUGUGCAGGCUGGGGAAGUUGCUUGCAAAAUGUCCCUAGACAGCACUGUGUGGCCAAACCAAGCCGCAAGGUGUGGCAUCACAGCCAGGAGGAAACAAAGGAUAGCCUGAAGCCGUCUGGCUGUUUGUUACGGACUGCAGUCAACGUGCACCGAGACUGAAUUGCAUGAAGACAUCCCAUACAAGUGUCCGCACAAGGAACUCAAGCCCGAGGCGCAGAUCAGCUGUAGAGACAGUAAACUAUGGUACAAAGGCAACUCCUUAUCUGGAAACCUUGGACGUGACUCCUGCCACAAUUUGCGCACUGUGAAAGCUGCUCAACUCUACAUUGCUGCUGCACAAGGCAAGCUAUGGGGAACGACAGCCAGAACCCGAUGUGUCUCAUCAACGAUUCAUUCAAGUACACCCUGUAUGGCUCCGUGUACAGCAUUGUAUUUAUUCUUGGGUUGCUGACAAACUGCACCUCACUGUACUUCUUCAGCUGCAAAAUGAAGAUGCGCAAUGAGACCACAAUUUUUAUGACCAAUCUUGCUGUCUCGGACCUCCUUUUUGUCUUUACACUGCCCUUUAAGAUCUUUUACAACAUCAACCGCCACUGGCCCUUUGGUGACGGGCUGUGCAAAGUCUCUGGGACAGCGUUCCUCACGAACAUAUACGGGAGCAUGCUGUUUCUCACCUGCAUCAGUGCCGACCGAUUCCUGGCCAUAGUUUACCCCUUCAGGUCCAGGACCAUCAGGACAAGGAGAAACACCAGCAUCAUCUGUGCUGGAGUGUGGCUUCUGGUGCUCAGUGGGGGUAUCUCUGCAUCUUUAUUCUCCACCACUAACAACCGGGGCAAUAACUCCAGUACCACCUGCUUUGAAGGUUUCUCCAAGGCCACAUGGAAAACCUACCUGUCCAAGAUCACCAUAUUCAUUGAAAUAGUUGGAUUUCUUAUUCCCUUGCUGUUGAAUCUGACCUGCUCCUCGUUAGUUCUGAGGACUCUGAGGAAGCCAGAGACGUUGUCUCCAAUUGGAGCCAACAAAGAAAGGGUACUGAAGAUGAUCAUUGUGCACUUGUCCAUUUUCAUAAUAUGCUUUGUGCCCUACAACUCCAUUCUGUUUAUCUAUGCUCUUGUGCGCUCACAGGCAAUUGCAAACUGCUCCUUGGAGAGAUUUGCCAAAACCAUGUAUCCCAUCACUUUGUGCCUGGCUACCACAAACUGCUGUCUUGAUCCCUUCGUUUAUUACUUUACAUCUGAAUAUUUUCAGAAGUAUUUCAACAUAAGGCCCUGCACCAAGCUCGAUUCCAUUUUCAAAAGUGAAACACCACUAACAAUCAAGGGAGAGGCACUGACUGAGACUGUCAAUAGGAAUGGAGCCAAUAUUCAUUUAGAAUCUCAGUUUUAAGCUCAUUACUUGGAUGACUGAAGAUUGCGUUCAGGACUCUAUGACGACAUUUUGUCUGUAACAAAUGAUCUGUGUGAUAACGCUGCAGGAUUUCAGAAGGAAAGGGUGGAAUUUUCCCCUCCCCGUUGCAGCAAGAGUGAUGGCGAGUCAAGUGACGAAAUAGGGCAGGAGUGAAAAAGUCAGAUUCUUGGAGAAGAGAGGAAUGUUUCUAAUUUCCCUCUCAACUGGCGACUUCAGAAUCUCACCCUUGAGUGGUGACUGUUAUAUUUCCACACAUUAGUAUCUUGUUAAAAGAACCAAAUUGCCCUAAUUACAUCCCACUUCCAAUUCUCCUCUCCUCCACUGAGAAAUUAGAUGGUCCAAAUUCCUGACAGGUUUAGCAGAUUGGGCACCUACCAGCUGCAGCUCACCUCAUGCAUGUUCAGGCCAUUAUUUAAUUGUAUCUUCACCACAUGAUCCACAACCACUAUCCUCUUUGAUCCCCUUCAUCCACACCAAUCCAUGCCAACAAAUCACAUCUUGCCUGCUCUCAGACCAACUCCGUUCUUUAUCUCAUCACUCCUUCAAUGCCACUUUGAGUGAACAGAUGUUGUGAAGUAUUCCAUUCUAGUAAAACAAACAAGAGUAGGACCUAGACAAUAAAUGGUAGGGCCCUGAGUAGUGUUGCAGAACGGAGAGACCUAUGGGUACAUAAUUCUUUGACAUUUAUGUCACAGGUAGACAGAAUGAUUAAGAUGUUUAGCAACUUGCCUUCACUGCUCAGAGUAGAACGUCAUGUUGAAGUUGUACAAGAUAUUGGCGAGGCCUUUUCUGGAGAACUGGAUGUAAUUUUGGUCACCCUGUUAUAGGUAAGAUACUAUUAAACUGGAGAAGGUUCAGAGAAGAUUUAACCAGCAUGUUUCCAGGAAUGGAGGGUUUGAGUUAUAAAAAUAGGUUGGGAUGUUUUUCAGUGGAGUUUAGGAGUUUGAGGGGUGACCUUUAUAGAGGUUUAUAAAAUCAUGAUGGGUAUAGAUAAGGUGGGUCUUUUCCUUAAGUUGGGAGAGUUUAAAAUGAAUGGGCAUAUAUUUAAGGUGAGAGGAAAAAGGUUUAAAAAGGACAUGAGGGGCAACGUUUUUCACACAGAGUGAUGUGUGAAAAAAGUCCAUGAAUUGCCAGAGGAUGCGGUGGGUCCAGAAACGAUUACAGUGUUUAAAAGACAUUUGGAUAAGUACAUGAAUAGGAAAGGUAUGGAGGGAUAUGGCAAGUGGGACUAGUUUAGUUUGGGAACAUGGUCAGCAUGGACUGGUUGGACCCAAGGGUCUUUUUCCAUACUGUAUGACUCUAUUCUGCCAGGUCAUAUUGUGUGCAGGGACAGUCACACAUAGACAGAGAUGCUUUCAUGCUGACAUGAAAAAAAACACAUCUUAAAACUCUUAACUCACUUUCUGAACACGCUCACAUUUUAUCACCGAGUUAUACAACAGGGGCUUGACCAUGUCUAGUCCAAUUGGGCAGAGGUCGAUGGUCAAGUGCAAGCAGUGCAGGGAUUUCACGGAGGUCAGUUGUGAUGCUCAGUUCAUGCUGCAGUGAGAUAAAGAGUAAGAUUGAUUAGUAUGGAAGAACAGCUAGUGACGAAUGAGCAGAUGAUUAGGCAGGAAGUGCAGAGGGCAGGAAGGAUCAGUAGGUGGAGAGAAUGAGGUGAGUGUUGAGUGGCCAUGAUGCAGGUGAUAGUAUGAGUUGGUAGUGUGUGUGCCUUGGUGCAGUGACCGAGUUAGAGUGAGUGAUGUCACGAGGAGUGCGUGGUCGCAGAGAGAGGGCCCUGUUGGCGUGCAGUGACCUUGAGGCAAUGCGGGACACAGCCUGUUGUGGUUUACUCUCCAGGACUGGCUGCGUUUAUUAGCAUGGUUUCUGUUGCUGGGUGAUCCGCAGGACAAAGCAGUGCCCUCCUCUCCACCAGGCCUGUCCACCACCACCUCCUGUCCUGCCUUGGUGAUGUUUGCAGUGUUGAGUAUUGCAGUGUGAGGGGACAUUCAAGCGUCUGACAUGGCAAGGCCUUUAAACAUGGUGCCGAAGUAUUUAAACUGGAAGGCUGCUGCAGUGGCCAGCACUUCCUCCUCUCUGGCAUUUCCCCACAAAACACACCCCAAACCAGGUAGCAUUAAUUAAACAGUGAAAAGCAGAAGGUUGGAGAUGUUACUUCACUUCCAGCCAUUAAACUCACUUGCUGCCUACAAAUGGGAAAAUUCAUCCCAUGGUAAAGACGUUUGUUUGUGCACGUUGUAUAGAAUGCAGUCACUUUAUCGAUCCAAACAACCACUGAUGGUAACGAUUCUCCAGUAGCAGAUUUUCAUUCUUCAGUACUCCAAACCAACACCUAUUUGGUUCACUCACAAACGUUCCCAAUGAAGAAAGGUUUCCCCUUCUGAUUCUGAAACUCAGUUAUAACAUUAUAAUAUACAAUCAUUCACCAUCACCUCAUUUCUAUUGUGCAUUCCUAUGAAGUAGGCAUCUGAUCUGUUAUUCAGUUUUUAAAAAAUGGUAAAUUGAAUACAGUACCAUUUGUGGCUUUUCUCAGAUCUUGUUUUUAACUCAAGUAACUUGCCUAGCCUUUCAAUGAAUUCCUGGUUCAUGGUCAGCAGAGAAGAAUCAGAAACCACCUGCAUUGGCAGGACCUCGAUAUGAACCAUGUUAAGAACAACUCCUACACAUUCAAACUCAUGCUAAACAUUUCUACCUGUCACAUUUUGGACAGAUGAUCUUGUCUGGCAGACAUUAGGAAUGUAAUGCAAUAAGAAGAGUUCAAGCCUUGAGGGGAAAAUCUAUAUAAGAGGUCCAAAAGGAAUCUCCAAGUCUUUAGACUUCUGCUAUUUUGAAAAGAUUUACAAGUCUAGAAUACAAAUGCAUUAUAUUUAGAACCUGAAGCUUGAGGGAGCCAGUAUUCUGCGUUCCUAAUAAGUCAUUCUGUUCAAAAGUAGUGCUGCUGUACCAUUUUAACAUUGCUUGUUUAUUUGUGUGUCACUGA